GCAAUGCCGACUGACAUCUAAGACGGCUUUUUGCAUCCUCAUAUUUCGUGCUCUCUUAUCCUCAUUCGGAGCCAUUUGCUUCAUCAUGGCCUCUCAAGCACUUAAGAAAAUGGAACCCACCAGCUCGCAAGAAAUAGAAGGCCGACCGUCGAGUACAGAGACAGAUGAUGCCAACUUAAUACGUUUGGGGAAGCGUCCGGUCUUGAAACGAAACUUCGGUUUAAUGUCAAUGCUGGGUUUCAGCUGCACAAUCCUCAUCACUUGGGAAGGUAUCGUUGUUGGCGGCCCAGCAGGAGCCGUAUAUGGUUUCAUCUUUGUUUGGGCGGGAGUUGCUGCGACCUUUGUGGUAUUAUCGGAACUGGCAUCAAUGGCCCCAACUUCCGGCGGACAGUAUCAUUGGUGUUCCAUGCUGGCACCUCCAUCCGCCAUGAAGCUCGUCAGCUACCUGACAGGCUGGCUCACUGUCAUCGGAUGGCAAGCGACCUUUGCAACAUCCUGCUUUCUUUCUGGGGCGCUGAUCCAGGGGCUUAUCGUGCUUACGAACUCUAUCUAUAAGCCCGAAAACUGGCAUGGAACACUCCUCUUUUGGGCCGUUGCUAUUUUCUGCGUAGCGAUCAAUAGUGUAGGAGGAAAUCUGUUGCCGCGCUUCGAGGCUCUUAUUCUUAUCCUUCACAUUCUUGGGUUCCUCGCCAUCCUCACCCCGUUGACAACCAUGGCAAACCACUCGAAUGCAAAGGAAGUGUUUACCCGUUUCCUCAAUCUAGGUGAAUGGCCAACUCAGGGGUUAUCAUUCUUCGUUGGUCUAGUUGGUUGCGUGUUUGCAUUUGCGGGUGGUGACGCUGCUGUUCAUAUGUCGGAAGAAAUUACGAAUGCACCAGUCGCUGUGCCACGCUCUAUCAUGCUUAGCGUCCUGAUUAACGGGACUUUGGGCUUCAGUAUGUUAAUUGCAAUGCUAUUCUGUCUAGGCGAUAUUGAUACUGCCCUUGAAUCUCCGACUGGUUACCCUUUCAUGGCAAUAUUCCUCCAGGCGACGCGUUCUGUGGCCGGCACAGCAGCUAUGUGCUCUAUCAUCACGACCAUGGGGAUCUGCACCUCAGUGGGCAUGUUGGCCUCAACAUCCCGGCAAUUCUGGUCGUUCGCGAGAGAUCGAGGCAUUCCCGGUUGGCGAUUAUGGAGCAAGGUAACCUAUAGAGCUGCAAUUCCAAUCUACUCUGUAGUCCUCACCACAAUAGUCGCUUGUCUUCUUGCCCUGAUCAACAUCGGCUCCUCAGUCGCUUUCAACGACCUUGUCUCAAUGUCCAUCUCCGGUCUCUAUCUAUCCUAUAUGGUUGUCGCUGGUCUACUCCUCUAUCGACGCUGCACGGGCGGAAUCUGCCGGUCCGGAAACAAUGACAUUACUAUUGUCAACACAGCAGGCGCAAAGCUCGUCUGGGGCCCGUUCCAUCUCCCCGGCAUCUGGGGGAUCUUAGUAAACACUUUUGCCCUUAUAUAUAUGACCAUUGCGGUCUUCUUUAGUUUCUGGCCGCCGCAGCUCAAUGUGACUGUGGAUACGAUGAACUUUAGCGUGGUUGGGACGGUGGGUGUUAUUAUUUUGAGCCUCGUUUACUACGUCUUGAGGGCGAGGAAGGUCUAUGAUGGUCCUAUUGUGGAGAUACAGCUCUGAUGUUCUUUUUUAGGCUUGGAAAUGGAUUUAAUUGGGAUGAUAGUAGUUGAGGUACUUUGUAUCAUUUCCACUAAUGUAUGUUCUUGGAGCUCCCUCUCAUCGAAUAACCCCGGAACCGUUC